GUCCACGAGAUCGUUUAGGAAUUGCAACAAAGAAAUCUCCUUUCCAAGGGAUGCCGAUGCCGAUUGUAUUGUAGCAUCUGCUUGUGCAGGACACGUCGUGACGCUCGGAACUGAAUGUAGCGAGAGAAAGCAGCGGUGUCGGGCCGCCCCGGCGGCGGCGGCAUGGACAGCCCUAGGAGCAGCGCGGCCGCGGUGGCCUUGCUGCCCGACGACGCCAUCCUCGAGAUCCUCUCCCGCGUCCCCGCCAGAUCCCUCUGCCGGUUCAAGUGCGUGUCCAAGGCCUGGCGCGACCUCAUCGCCGACCGGCACCACCGCGAGAAGCUCCCCCAAACCCUCGAGGGCUUCUUCUGCGCCUACGACGGCGAAAUACACGGCAGCAACCGCGGCGAUGGCGGCGGCGAGGGGGGUCGCGUUGUCCACGGGCGCUUCAUCAACACGCUGGGUAGAUCCGUGCCCCUCCCGUCUUUCUCCUUCCCGGGGGAGCAGCCGGGAAUCGAGGAACUCGAUCUCGUGCAUUCCUGCAACGGCCAAAUCCUCUUCAGGCACAGAAGGGCUUUGGACACCUACGAUUCACUGGGCUUUGUCGUGUGCAACCCCGCCACCGAGCAAUGGGUGGCCGUGCCCAACUCCGGCUUGGACCUUGAUUUGUUUCACCAUUGUGAUUGUGCUGCCUAUUUAAUUUUCGAUCCUGCUGUGUCCGCGCACUUUCAGUUGGUCCAGCUCGGGAUUUACGAAGGGGCAUUCGUGGAAGAGGUGCACACCUACUCGUCUGAAACUGGGGUGUGGUCUCAGAGGACAAGCGAGUGGAGUUCAGAUGAGGCCUUAUCUGUCUACGCAAGUGGUGCCUUCGUUAAUGGCAUGCUACAUUUCAAUGUCACCCACUUUGAUGAUAUAGACCAGGAGCUAAUAGUUGCAGUUGAUGGGGAAGGGAACAAGCGUAGGAUCAUCAGCGGGCUGGACAAUUCUAGUGAUGUUGUUUUUGUUGGUCAAUCCCAAGGACAGCUGCAUUACAUGAGUCAACAUAGAGAUGACCCUCGCUUGAUGACUCAACUGUCCAUUUGGGUUCUUCAGGACUACAAUACAGAAGACUGGGUUCUGAAGCACAGUGUGCCCUUUUUGCAGCUGUUUGGAAGAGCGUAUUGCCAUGUUGAAAAUGACUACAAUUUGGUUGCCAUUCACCCCGACCGCAAUAUGAUCUUCUUUGUUCAGCACUGGGACCUGAAACUGAAAUCAUAUGACAUGGAUAGCAAGGAAGUGCACACUCUCUGCACUCUAGAGGUUAGCCAUCAGAAUAUUUUACCAUAUGUUCCCUGUUUCACGGAGUCAUCGGUGCUUGCUAGUAAGCACUGAAAUUGUGUCCUGUGAGGUACUAGUCAAAUUUGAUGUUCCAAGUAAUGUGUUCCAGCACAGGAGCAUCGAGCAACAUAUAUAUAUAUAUAUGUAGAAUUAGGUAAUGUGUUCUGAUGGUGCUUCGAUGUAUUACUGCUCAUGCAUUUUGUGUGCUAGAUACUGCAAACAAAUACUCGAGGCACACGUGUAAGUUUCCAUUACAUUUGUAUGCAAUUGCCUAAGUUGCAGAAUGUAUGGUGUUUGAACUUAAAGUUC